CAGCCUCCAUCGAUCGCUCCUCCCUCUCUGACAUCCAUUGCUCGCGGCUGGAGCGCGGCGCCAGUAUCCCAGAAUGCAGCGGGGCGGUUGAAGAUGGCGGAUCUUCACCGGGAUGAUCCCGAGCUGGAGCCGGAUCCGGGAUGUGUCCCAGGGCUCCACCCCGAGGAUGUAAAGGCUCAAAGCCAUUACAGUCAUGGCUACAGUGAUUCACUGGCACGGAAGGGCCAUAUCGAUGACUACAGCACCUGGGACAUUGUCAAAGCCACACAAUAUGGAAUCUUUGACCGCUGUCGAGAACUUGUGGAAGCAGGUUAUGACGUACGGCAGCCUGACAAAGAAAAUGUUACACUUCUGCACUGGGCUGCUAUCAAUAACAGAAUUGAUCUGAGCAGAUACUACAUCUCAAAGGGUGCGAUUGUGGAUCAGCUUGGUGGAGACCUUAAUUCCACCCCUCUUCACUGGGCAACAAGGUACAGGAGGAGGCCAUUCAGCCUGUUUAACCUUGUUUUCAAUAUCAGUAACAUCAAUAUCCCAGAAAUAGUUCCAAAUCAGGAAAUGGAAGAGAGGGAAGACAUCAGGGACAUUGUAAUCAUGAAAGAAGUGGGACUGAGUAAACAGUUGGAGCUGAGGGCUGGCGAGUCCCUGGAUCAUAAGACCAGAAGGGACCCUGACCAUCCCCAUCCCAGCCCCUCCUUCUCUGUCUCUCUGUCCCUGCUCUCGGGCCCUGGUCCUGACCUUGUAUUGAAAAGUGACCAGCAAUCUGUUAAGCCUAAUGCUGAUCCUGCCACACACUCCUUCAUCAUCAUCCAGGAGUCUGCCCGUCUCUCACUGAGGUUGUGUGGGACACUGCAUGACAUGUUUCAUAACGGUUUUGUGUUCUCUGCUCAGAUCCAGAAACCUGUUCGAUCCAAGCAUUGCGCUGUGUGCAACAGGUGCAUCGCCAAGUUUGAUCACCACUGUCCAUGGGUUGGUAACUGUGUGGGAGCAGGGAACCACAGAUACUUCAUUGGAUACCUGUUCUUCUUAUUAGGCAUGAUCAUUUGGAUGAUUUAUGGCUGUUUCUUAUACUGGAACAUCCACUGUGAGACUAACUAUCCAAAAGAUGGAUUCUGGACAUACAUCACGGAAAUUGCAAGCUGCUCUCCGUGGGUUUUCUGGAUGUUUCUGAACAGCCUCUUUCACUUCCUGUGGGUUGCUGUGUUACUCAUGUGUCAGAUGUAUCAGAUUGCUUGCCUUGGAAUAACCACAAAUGAAAGGAUGAAUGCAAGACGCUACAAGCACUUUAAAGUUACAACAACCACUAUUGAAAGUCCCUUCAACCAUGGUUGCAUUAGGAAUAUCAUAGACUUCUUUGAAUUUAGAUGUUUUGGCCUAUUUCGCCCUGUGAUGGUGGACUGGACACAUCAGUAUACAAUAGACUAUGACCAGACAUCAGGGAGCGGCUAUCAGCUGGUGUAGUGGGUCCCAUACCCACAGGCUGGAUUGAUUCACCAUCAACCCUUCGAACUGGUGCCUGACACAUUUCCUUCAGUUCCUUCUCUAAAAUCCACAAUGCAAUGUGUUGCUGAGGGGGAGGUGACAACCUGUGGUUUUUACAUCCUGAUCCGUCACAUUCAAACAUCAAACAGGGACAGUUUUGCUGCCUGUUUCUUUUCCCCAUUGUGAUCAAACUGUGGUAGAAGUGGACGGCCAAAAGGGACCCCUUAUUCAAAAGAAAUACAGACUGCUUUUCACAGGAAUUCGUUUUUGACAUAACAUUGUGUGGCUCUGAUUUCUGUGUCAGAGGAACAAUCAGGUAUGAAUUAUGGAACCCCGAUUCUGUCCCAUUCGCUCAAGAAAAUGAGUUCAAAAUUUGUCGUACUCAUCAGGAACGUGUAGAAAUGCAUCUGUUUUGAUUGAGCUGCUUGUUACGCAUUAAACACUAUUUACAUGGUACUUUCAGUUGCGUUGUGGAAUGCCAGAAAUCCAUUAAUCAAGAUCGUGUGCAACGAUAACAUUUAAAAUUGGUUUGUAUCAGUGGUUCAUUUACUCAAAAUACUUACUGUCUUUUAAUCAUGAUUUUAAGGAAUGAAUCACUGUCUAAUUGGCAUUUAUGGACAAUUAGAUAUUAAUAAUCAUUGACAAGAAAGUCAUGAGUAUGCAGGCCAGUGCUGUCUGUCUCACUCUCAUGGCCUGUAAUUAGUUGGGUUUGCACAAUUAUAAAGCAGGCUGCUUGGCAAUGAGUGUCAGAAAUGUUUAUUUUGAUGGCGUUUGAGAGGGACUGAGGGAAAGAGGAAAAAAUUUGCAUCAUCCAUCUCUUGUCACUCAGAAAGCAAGUUCUUCAGAGUGUUCAAGGGAUCUGCUGAACCAGCCAUGGAAAGAGACAGGUGUUUUGUCAGCCUUCCUGCCUAAACGGCUCAGGAUGAUGAGUGGCUCAUGCAGAGAAGGCAACUGGAGAGAAAAACCACAUUGUUGGGAAGAAAAGAACUCAAGUCCAAUUAUUACAAUCCAUUUUUUAUAGCCUUUUGCUUUUAGUCACAAUUGUCCAUCUACUGCUUUCUGCAAACUAACGUUUACAGACAUUUGAAAGUUUGGUCAAGUAACAAACUCAAGAAACCUGUGCAAAAUGCAACUUAAAUUAGCUCCUGGAGCCAGUGUAAAGAUUGGUUGUAUCUGUAUAUAAAUUAUUUAUCAACUAGUUUUAUUGUGUGUAUUUUGUCAGUGUUAGUUUGGAACUAUGAACUUAAAAUUUUCAACUCCAUCAGAAAAAAGAAGUGUAGGAAUGUAGUUCAUUUGCUUCCUGGUGGUGCUGUUGCUGUUCAGAACUAAUCAACCAUUGGAUUCACUGCAUGUCUGAUGCUUGGCAAAAAAAAAACUUUUAAAAAAAAAGGCAGCUCCCUCGAUUGUAGGACAUAAAACAUUGCAACAAUUAACAAUAAAGUGUUAUUUCAACAUCUUCCCCUUAGUGGGAAGAUCAGUCAAUUUGUAAAUAGUCAGUGUCCUGUGUUUGCAAAGUCCAAGAACUUUCAGUAGCUGUUUAUCUCAUAGUGGAGCCCACACAUAGUUUGUAAGCAUUGUACCAGAUAUCAUGACUUGCAGUAUUGUAAUAUUAGUCAACUUGAAUGUUUAUCACCUUUUAAAAAAAGCAAGAGUACUUUUUCUCUGUCAUUAAUUGGAGCAUAUUGCAAGUUUAUGCUCACAUGGGAUAUAAUAUCACAUUGUCUAGGCUCUCUGAGAAGCAGGACACACUCUGUUUGACUAGCUUCAAUUAGAAUGAGGACCAAGCAGGGAUUAAAAAUAGUCCAGGGUGAGAUGCUACUGAUUUCAGUUCCGCCAGCUCCAAAGGAGAGUUUCACCCCCUUUUAAAGUUUAAAACACUGGUAUUUAUCUGAUUUUUUCUUUGUACUAUGAAUUUUGAAUAACCUGUUAUUCACCCUCACUUUAAAUUCUGCAGUCACUACUCAGGCCAGUUUUUUUUUGUUGUGUGUGUAUCAGCAUCUCAUACUCGCAAUUAGUAAGAGUUUUACACUUCACUAAUACUUGGGCGACACUAUAUCCUGCAAAUUGUGAAUGUUUUGUUUUUGUAUGACAUUAUUUAUAACUGUGCCAAGUGUUUUGUUUUGCUAUUAUCCAGACCCUUUAUGUACAAUGUGGAGAACAAAAUAUAUGACUGUAAUAUUAAAGCUGGCUGUUCUUCCAA